UCAACAGUUUUGUUAAACUCGAUAAUGGUAUAAUAACUAAAAAUUACCAUAGAAGUCAAGAAUUCGAUUGAUUAGUUUAUUGAUGUUUAUUUAAGUUGGCAUGUGUUAUAUCUUAAAAAAAGUGGCGCUUAAAAGUAAAACAAUAGUGGGGGUCAUUGUUGUUAAAAAGAAUUAUUACGUGAAUAUCGGCCAUUAUUACGGAUUUAUCAGUCAACAAGGUAACACGUAAGUACGAUUGUUAAAAUUUGUUUAUUUAUAACGACAUUUAAUAUCAUUUUCCAGUAAAUAAGUAACGCACGUGAAUAAACUGAGUUUGAAGAAUUAGUUAAAUAAUAUUUUCGUUAAUAAAUGAAUUUAUUUUCAUUAAAUAAUUGUAUUCAAACAUUUAUACUUAAUUAACUAUCUAAUCACCCGGUAUUGUUUUCAUGGAACCAAUGUUCGGUCAUAUUAUUAUUUAUUAUUAUUUAAUCAACGAUUUCGUUUUCAUAUCUAGUUGAAUAUUUCAUUUUAAUAUGUAGUUGAAUGAGUUGUACAAUUUUAUAAAUAAUUUUUGAAUUAUUUGAAUCAUUCACACUUGAAUAUAUACAUUAUUAUUAACUAGAAUUGUCAAAUAUUGAUUAAAUUUCUUGUGUUGACAUUUUCUUAUUACUUGUUGUUAUUUUUUAUUUUCAGUAGGCUAUCAAAAUGGCGGAUCAAAAUAUAUUGGGUGAAAACAAUAACGCAGAACUUGCCGCUGCGAUGGCAGCUGUUAGGGAGGCAAUCGGACAGUAUAGCAGAGUGGCCAGGGGCUCAGGUCUUCGUAACCCACUUCCUCAUGAGUGGGCCAACCUACAGCAAUUUUAUCAUUUACCACCACCUCCACCCCCGCCUCCACUACCAGUACCAGAACUCGUGCAAGAAAAUGAGCCAGGACUACUGAAUGGGCCAGAACUAGUCCAGGUGCCACCACCAGUCCAGGUGCCACCACCAGUCCAUGUGCCAGAACCAGUUCUUGCGCCAGCACCAGUCCAUGAGCCAGCACCAGUCCAUGAGCCAGCACUAGUCCAUGAGCCAGCACCAGUUCUUGCGCCACCACCAGUCCAGGUGCCACCACCAGUCCAUGUGCCAGCACCAACUAAUGGGCCACCACUCGCUAAUGUGCCAGCACUAGUCAAUGGGUCAGUGGCGACAGCGUCAUCAGAACUGAGGGGUCGGCGACACCGGGGUGCCGGUUACCAACGCCGUAACUGGCGAGGGCAGUACCGCUCAAAUGGGCGUGGAAGAGGACGUGGACAGGGUCGUGAUAUAAACAUAUAUAUGUAAACAAACACACACACUUACGCAUAUACACGUUUAAGCAUACAUACAUCAUACAUACAUAUAUACAUGCAUACAUACAUACAUAUAUACAUUCAUACAUACAUGCAUACAUAUAUACAUCCAUACAAACAUACUUACAUCCAUACAUCAUUAGAUUUAUAUCUAUAUCUUAUCUAUAAUAAUAUAAAAUUAA